AUGGCUCAAAAAGCAUAUUCCUAGUUCUUUCUCCAUCUUGCUAUUAAGGCCGUGUUUGGUAUUAGCCCCCCUCAGGACUUGCAAGAUUUCCUUCCUACCGGAGAUUCAACAGAUUUUCCCAGCUUCCCAUAUCUCUCUAAAAGCUCAACAAGCAGAAACCGAAACAUACCCUUGAGAAGGGAGGAAACUUAUAGCCACCCGAGCAAUCAUGGCGACUCCUGAAAUUUUACAGACAGAGCAAGAUCUUCUUAUGUACGCCACCCUCUUCGAGAAUUCCAAAGAUGGGAAUGUGAAAUCUCGGGGGAUGGAAAUUGAGAAGAAGAUCGAGUUUCUUGAGGGCUUGGCUGGAAGAGUUAGCAACAGAAGAUCGCGGAGAUGGUUAAAUGAUCGUUUGCUGAUGGAGCUUGUUCCUCGUUUGAAUGCUGACGAAAUUAGAGGAUUGUUUGCUCCACCACCUUGGGGUGAUGAUGUGCCUCCUUCACCGUUUUGCAUGACAAAUGUGGGGGAGUGGGAUAAUUUCAGAAAUAUAGACAUGGAUAAGGAGGCAUCUAUCAUGAAAUCCCUUGAAAGCUCGUCGGCAAAGCGGAGAGACCGGCUAGAUGCUGACAAAGUCGCUACACUUACUGCUUGGCACCGGGUAGAUAGUAGAACUAGAGAGGCACUUCGUCGAUGCUAUCUUUCAGACUUGAUCAAUGGAUACGAGGAAUGCAUCCGAGCUUUUGUCAAGGACAGCGGCAACAGAGAUGUUCUGGUGCUACACGUUCAAGAUCCUUUCCAUCGCCUACUACUACACGGUGUUUGCGAAGUUGAUGCAUUUACUGACUCGGCGUACAAGGGGAACCCGGCGGCGGUGUGCCUGCUGGAGGAGGAGCGAGACGAGGAGUGGAUGCAAUUGGUGGCGCGUGAGUUCAAUAUAUCGGAAACUUGCUACUUGACUCGGUUGUCCGACUCGGCUGAGUCCCUGACCGGUUCUGUCCCCAGGUUCCGACUUCGCUGGUUUACUCCUGUAGCUGAGGUCAAACUUUGUGGACAUGCAACUUUAGCUGCAUCUCACUUUCUCUUCGCGUAUAAUUUGGUGAAAUCUGAUACAAUUGAGUUCCUGACACUCUCGGGGAUUCUGACGGCGAAAAGGGUACCUGAGACCAAAGUGUUAGAUUUGCCCAACUCGCUGAAUGGUAACGCACCUGACAGCUUCCUCAUUGAACUGGAUUUUCCAGUUGUUCCAGUAACACAGUACAAUGGCCCUGGAGAUGUUUCAGCUAUUUCUAAAAGUUUGGGCGGUGCUUCUGUAAAUGAGAUCACGACUACAGACGGCGAUCUCAUUGUUAUGCUGCCAUCUGGGGAGGCAGUUGCCGAAUUUGAGCCCAAUUUUGAUGAGAUACAAAAGUGUCCUGGCAGAGGAAUUAUCAUUACUGGACUUGCUCCUGCGGGCUCAGGAUUUGAUUUUUUCAGUCGUUUUUUCUGCCCAAAACUGGGGAUUAACGAGGAUCCUGUAUGCGGAAGUGCACAUUGUGCCUUAGCGCCCUACUGGAGCAAGAAGCUCGGGAAAUCUGACUUUAUCGCAUAUCAAGCAUCGCCGAGAAGUGGCGUGCUACAUCUGCAUCUUGACGAGAAGAAUCAAAGAGUGUUGCUUCGAGGCACAGCAGUGGCGGUGAUGGAGGGUUCUCUUCUGGUGUAAAUCAAAGAGAACUUUCAAGUGGAUGAACUGCUUCAAAUGUCUAAUGACAUAACAUGAUUUCUGAAUAAUGGUUUUUAUGCAAUUCCAUGCAAUGUACUGUACAAUUUGGCUUAUAUAUGCACAGCUUUGGAUGACAUGUAUUGGCAUUUCGAGGUUUUUAUAUGAAAAUUUGGCAAGCAAGCACAUUCGUUGUCUUGGCAACCUCAU